GUUGAUGCUGAUUACAGUAGUCAGUUGUGGAAAAUGAGUGUUGCAAAAUAAAAUAACAAGGGGGAGGAGUUACAAGCUACAAAGAACCCAUUAUAAAACUUAAGAGUGAGCACAAAACAGGCAAGGCAGCACAUUUGAAUCAGUGCAUGAAGAUGGAGAUGCAGGUUGGAACAGAUCUCUACUGUCCACAACCCUCCAACACCUCCUGCAUCAAGCCUGGCUCUCACUGGAGUGAAGUUGUACUCCUACAAAUAAUGCCAUCGUCAAUCUCUCUGCUCACUGCUGCUCUCAACCUCUUUGUUAUCAUUUCAGUCUCCCACUUCAGGCAGCUCCAUACACCAACUAAUAUCCUCCUCCUCUCUCUGGCUGUGUCAGAUUUACUCGUUGGUCUCCUGCUGAUGCCUUUUGAAAUCAUUAGAAACACAACCUGCUGGUUUCUUAGUGAUCUGUUUUGUUCUUUUUAUUUUAAAUUAUCCUUUAUCAUUACAUUUGCUUCAGUAGUAGACAUAGUGCUAAUAUCAGUCGAUCGAUAUUUGGCGGUUUGUGAUCCUCUGCAUUACUCCACCAAAGUCACUGAGAAAACUGUUAAAGUCUGUGUUUGUCUCAGUUGGCUCUACUCUGUUUUCUAUGGCAGCCUUAUUGUAAAAAAUGACUUUACAAAGCCAGGGAGACAGAGUUUGGGUCAAUGUAUAAUGAUAGUUGACUAUGUUUCAGGAACAAUUGAUCUAGUUGUAAGCUUUGUUGUUCCAGUUUUGGUAAUUAUAGUUUUGUAUAUGAGAGUAUUCAUUGUGGCUGUGUCUCAAGCUCGUAUCAUGCAAGCUCACAUUACAGCCGUCACACUCCAGUUUUCAUUGACUCACACAUCAAAAAAAUCUGAAUUGAAAGCAGCCAAGACUCUUGGUGUACUUGUAAUAGUUUUUCUCAUUUGUUUCUGCCCAUAUCAUUGUGUGUCUUUUGCAGGAAAUGGGUCAUUUUCCACCUUUUCUCUUUUUCUACUCUAUUUUAACUCCACUCUUAACCCAGUGAUCUAUGCAUUAUUUUACCCCUGGUUUAGAAAAGCUGUAAAAGUCAUAAUUACAUUUCAAAUACUGCAGCCAGACUCACGUGAGGUCAACAUGUUGUAAAGGUUAAUUCAGAAAUGAGGGAAACAUGCUUUUCCUGGACAUAGAACAAGAUAAUAAUUUGGUAUAUUUAUGUAC